UAUAAGCCGACUGUCCUAGCCUUCUUGACGUGAACGAAAGGAUUAAGUCUAUGGAGAAACGACGAUCGAAUGUAGUGAACAUGUCUCCUAGAGACAAGAAAUCAGAAGAGCACUAUGCCCUUGGGACGGUUUAUGCCGCAUCAGGGUUCCGCGUUAAAAAAUUCACUACAUUCAAGAGAAAAUUGCCAACCAUCACGGACUGGACCCUUAUUCGGCCUUUUAGGGGUCGGGCCCUGAAAUCUAACAAUGUGAGGAUUGAAUACAACCCCCUAAGACCAACAGCUAGCUAUAAAGAGUCAAGUUCAAGGGACAGAUGAUGAUCAUGAAUCUAGAUCGCCCAGUUAUACCACCACCCGGGGAUCAUUUAGAUGAAGACACGGAUGUGUACAAGUGUGAUCAACUGACAGAUAUCACAACGGGUAAGUUCAACAGUCUCAGAACCGUUUAGAUAAGACAUAGGGGAAUAGAAGAACCACAAAUUACGUGGGAACAAACCGCCACCUGGCCAUAUCUAAGCGGUGCCUUUAUGCAACCCGGCGAUUCUGGUUCGCUUGUUUUCACACAAGAAGGCAAGAUGGUCGGAAUGCAUUUCUCUGUUGUACUAGACGGGCGCAUCGGGUACUUCACCCACGUUGACGACUUAGUAGCUGACAUCAAG